UCGUACGUGAUGUGGAGCUGAGAAAGUGUGCCGUCUUACCGCCUCUUGUUUCGCUUUUCGACGACUUGCUCCUCUCUGUCCCUAGAACGGGCGAUUGUCUCUCCUUCACCAUGGACUGUCAUCCCUGAGCUGUGCCCUCGAAUUCUUCUCUUACCUGCCGCUUCGGCUUCCUUGAACAUGGCAAACCGCCGAACCAAGGCCACCACAAUUGCCCUGGGCCUGGCAUGUGCACCAUUCCUCUGCUGCUGGAUCAUAAUCGCCUCGUGCUGCUGUCCGCGCCGCCUCCAUCCGCACGGCGAAUCCGGCGAGAAACGCCGCUUUGAGAAGCGCCAGACCAUGGCACCCCGUCCGUUGCCCGUUCGGCCACCAGAGCGUGCUCUCACCAUGAGAAGACGUACUGCAGAGCCAGAGAGUGAGGUUCAGCCGCAAACGCCUCGCGGGGUGACUCGCAAUCAGUCCGCAUCCCGGCUGAUGCAGCUUCCACUGGAACUUAGGCAAAUCAUUUAUCGCGCUGCCAUUGGCGAUUCCGUGAUGCACAUGGUCACCAAGAAAUACAAGCUCGGCCACCAGCGCUGCAAGGCCCCCACCAUCGCCGAGUGUCCAGAGCAGUACAGCUUCUUCAGCCCCGACAAUGUGUGGUCGCCGCUGGGUGAACCACUGGACAAUCCACCCGCCACAGACGGCGAUAUCCUGCCAUUGCUGCUGACCUGUCGCCAGAUAUACUCCGAAUCAAUAGAAUACCUCUACUCAACCAACACUUUCUCCUUCUCCGACCUCGACUGCCUCCGCUACUUCUCCUCCACCAUCCUCCCCCACCGAUGGUCCCUCGUGCAAAACAUCGACAUCGAAUGGUGCAUCUCGUGGCCCAUCUACGACCCCCUCGCCCAAGCCCUCCUCAUAUCCCGGCCCGCGUUGUACCCACCUCACGAUGAGGCGACGUGGGAAGGUACAUGGCGUAUCAUUGGCCAAAUGCCUAGCUUGAAAUGGCUCAGGGUCAGGCUGAUGUAUUUCGACGGGUUCCGGGAUUCGGCCUGCGAGGAGAAAUUGCUCGCGCCGCUGCGGCAGGUGACACUGCCGAGGACGUUUACUGUGCAUUUGAACUGGGCUGGGGAGGAGAUUGAGGGGGCGCCGUUUCGGGCGAUUAGGCCUGGGACGAGGGAGUCGCUGUUUCCAGAUGAAGAGUGGGCAUAGACAGCAAUGGCAUAUCUAAUGCUGCUAUUGCCCAAUGUCGUGUAUACGCUGGCAGCGCAUACUCUUUGAAAUAUCUAUAUCGUCUAGCUCUACAUUCAUUCGUUGUAUA